GUUAAGGACUUCAAAGAAAAGAAAAGAAAAGAAAAGAAAAAAAAAAAAAGGAACCAUUUGGAAAAUGAAAAAGUGGGUGGGUUUGUGACAGUCAAGAAGACCAUUUUGAACAAUUCAGGCAGCGUAGGUAUCGUUCCGCUAGGGUUUUGGAAGAACAAUGGCUGCUGCUGCUUCUCCAGUUCUCCCUCAGGAACUCAUAGUCGAAAUCCUGUCAUGGCUUCCAGUGAAGCCUCUAAUGCGAUUCAGGUGCGUUUCCAAGGCUUGGUAUUCCCUCAUUUUCCACCCUUCAUUCAUCAAAUUGCACCUUCAAAGGCUACCCAAGAACACCCAUGUCCUGUUAACUUUCGAUAAUUACGAAUGCGUAACCUGUUUCACACCCUGCUCUAUUCGCCGUUUACUUGAGAACCCAUCAUCCACUGUCAUCGAUGGUUGCCACCGAUUCAAGUACUACAACUUCGUCUUCGGUGUCUGCAAUGGGUUGGUUUGCUUGUUUGAUUCUUCUCACAAAGAUGGAUUCGAAGAAUACCGCAUCCGGAUUUGGAACCCGGCCACAAGGAUCAUGUCCGAAGAUUUUCCGCGCUUACGUCUCCAUUCAAACGAUUGUAAAGUUGUGAAUUAUCGUCGUGCUUGUGAGUACACAAAGUUUGGGUUUGGAUAUGAUGAUUUGAGUGACACUUAUAAGGUUGUGGUAAUUCUCUUGUAUGGUAAAUCACAGCAAAGGGAGGUUAGAGUUCGCUGCUUGGGUGACCCUUGUUGGAGAAAGAUUUUAACUUGCCCUGCUUUUCCCAUUCUAAAACAACAACUUUGUGGACAAUUUGUGGAUGACACUGUUAACUGGCUAGCGCUUCGCAGGCCAGGUUCUGAUUACCAAUGGGAAACCGUUGCUAUCAAUGAGUUAGUGAUUUUUUCGUAUGAUCUGAAGAAAGAGACAUAUGGAUAUGUGUUGAUGCCUGAUGGUCUUUCUGAAGUUCCUGUUGUUGAGCCUUGUCUUGGGGUUUUGAAGGGUUGCCUGUGUCUUUCUCAUGAUCAGAGAAGAACCCAUUUUGUUGUUUGGCUGACGAGGGAAUUUGGAGUUGAAAGGUCUUGGACUCGAUUACUGAAUGUAAGUUAUGAACAUUUUCGUAAUCAUGGCUGUCCACCUUAUUAUAGAUUUGUGACACCUUUGUGUAUGUCUGAAAACGAAGACGUUCUGUUGCUGGCAAACGAUGAAGGUUCUGAGUUUGUUUUUUAUAAUCUGAGAGAUAAUAGAAUAGACCGAAUUCAAGAUUUUGAUUCCUACAAGUUUUCAUUUCUCUCUCAUGAUUAUGUUCCAAGCUUGGUUUUGCCAUAUAAAAAUUAAGGGGAUCAUUGCUGGCCUGGGAUUUGGGGUUCCAAGAGGUGGUCUGCAUUUCUGUUUCCGACUCCAGCAAUGACAUCUCCCUCAUCACACAACCUUUUGUGUGUUUUCACCGUUAUGCUGCUAUUAUCGCUUGUGUUAAGUAACUAGCAAGUAGGCCUUGGAACCUGCAGGUUCGUCGUUUUCUCUGGGAGGGAAAUCAGUGCGUGGACAAGAUGGCUAAACUUGGGCUGAACUCUGGGGUGGGUUUUCAGCUGGUUGAGUCUCCCCCACAGGAUUUGAAGCCUCUCUUAAUGGCAGAUGCCCUGGGAGUUGAAUUCCUGGUAUUGUAGUUUGUCUUUUUCUUUCUUCCGUUUUGCUUUUAUCUCAAUGUACUAAUAAAAAAAAGAGUCUUGCCAUUUACUAUAUGGACAAGACAGGGCAUGAAUAACUUUGGUAGUUACUUAGUUUUUGUUGUAAAUGCUGAUAUAUAAAUGUGAAUGUGAAUCUACUACUGGUUUUCUUUUGAUUUUUCAAUGAUAUCUGUUAUGGUGAAAAUUUGAUUCAUGAA